GUUCCAGCUCUGCCUCGUCUUUGAGCAGGGAGACCGAGCGGCGGAGAGGCGGGACGAUAACAGCAUCCUUUUGCUGUUAUUCAGCCUUCACGCAUCUCAAUGCACCGCAGGAGCACUCGUGCCUGACUGCUCCUCUCCAAAGCAGGGAGGCAGCACUUUUUUUUUAUGCUGUAGUUUUUGUUUUUGCCCUUUUUUUCCCCCCUUAAAAGCCCCCAACCCCCCCGCCAUCAUCAUCAUGGUGCUCGGCAAGGUGAAGAGCUUCACGGUGAGCUACGACUGUCUGAAUGACAGCAACGUGCCCGUCUUCUCCAGCGGGGACUGCGUCUCAGGGAGGGUCGUCGUCGAAGUCACCGGCGAGAUCCGCGUCAAGUCCCUGAAGAUCCACGCCAAGGGCUUCGCCAAAGUCCGCUGGACCGAGUCGAGGAACGCCGGCUCCAACACCGCCUACACGCAGAACUACACCGAGGAAGUGGAAUAUCUCAACCAUAAAGACGUUUUAAUCGGACACGAGAGAGACGACGACAACUCAGAGGAAGGACUCACCACUAUCCAUUCAGGAAGACACGAGUAUGCAUUCAGCCUGGAGCUUCCACAGACACCUUUGGCUACCUCUUUCGAAGGGAAGCAUGGCAGCGUACGCUAUUGGGUUAAGGCGGAACUCCACAGGCCGUGGCUCCUGCCAAUCAAGACCAAGAAGGAAUUCACAGUCUUUGAGCACAUCGACAUCAACACUCCAUUGCUGCUGUCACCACAGGCCGGCACAAAGGACAAGACUCUUUGCUGCUGGUUCUGCACCUCAGGUCCAAUUUCCCUAAGUGCCAAAAUUGAAAGGAAGGGAUACACCCCAGGAGAGUCGAUCCAGAUCUUUGCCGAGAUCGAGAACUGCUCCUCUCGCAUGGUGGUGCCAAAGGCCGCCAUCUACCAGACGCAGACUUUCUACGCCAAAGGGAAGAUGAAGGAAGUCAAGCAGCUGGUGGCCAACCUGAGAGGGGAGUCCCUGUCUUCGGGCAAGACGGAAACCUGGAGCGGCAAAAUGCUCAAGAUCCCGCCCGUGUCGCCCUCCAUCCUGGACUGCAGCAUCAUCCGAGUGGAAUACUCUCUCAUGGUGUACGUGGACAUACCCGGGGCCAUAAACCUUUCCCUGAACCUGCCACUCGUCAUCGGAACCAUCCCCCUCCACCCUUUCGGCUCGCGCACAUCCAGCGUGAGCAGCCAGUGCAGCAUGAGCUGGCUGGGCCUGGGUCUGCCCGAGCGCCCCGAAGCGCCUCCAAGCUAUGCAGAGAUUGUGACGGAGGAGCAGCGGCAGAGCAGUCUGGACGUGCCGGCAGCCCGCGAGGAUCUGGACGGGCCUCUUUUUGCCUACAUCCAUGAAUUCCGCUUCCAGCCACCGCCGCUCUACUCCGAGAUCGACCCUAACCCGGAUCAAGCAGGCCGUCCAGAGGUCCACAGGCCCGAUGCCUGUCCGUCACGCUGAGGGGCGUCCUCCAAAUUCCCUUGGCUGACUCGGGAUACCCAAAGAAAAACCUGCGCGCCACACGACUCGACGUCGGUCACUCUCCUCCUCCGAGGCGCUGUCGCCGACAACAAGAGAAAGCGAAAGGACCCUGCCGACCAAUCACGCCCACAAAAGACUCGCCCAGUCGGGGUCGGACGCACCUUGUUCCUGCCGAGGAGGAAGUCACCGGUUUGGCGGACGGCCUCCUUCCCCUCCCUGUGGGCGUGUGCAGAACGCUUCCAUCUGUGCGCCCAGGAGUUUGAACCCGCGGCACAUCAAAGAAACGUCACGUCUAGGCUCCUUUUUGAAGGCGCUGGUCCUCAUCCUCCUGCCUCCUUUUUGGAUUUUGUUUUGCACAUUUUUGGUUCUUUACUUGAUCGGAGUGGCUCUCUCGUUACUUGCUAGGCGACGCCAGACUGAAAAAGACGAGAACAAUGCACUGAUUUUAUUUUAUUUUUUCCCUCAUAAACUUCUGACGUUUCCUGAGUGGACUUUUUUACAACAACAACAAAAGAAGACACUUUUGUCUAUCUAGAAGCUCUUUGACGACGUUGCCUCCUCUGCUCGGAUCCCGAAUGGCUUCCCUCCUUCUUUUUUUUGUCCGGUCCUAGAAUUAUUCUGCGCAUGCGUGUCGAGACAGCCCUAGAUGCGGGAUCAGGAGGUUUUUGCAGGCCUCUUUUUGCUACCAGACUUGGGAAUUGUUCCUCACAAUUGGUGCCUGCAGCCCCCUUUUUUUCUUUCCUGAUCAUACUGCCCAAAAAGCACUGGUGCGAUCUACAAAAUAGUGGAAAUAAUUGCACUGUUUAAAAAAAAAAAAAAAUUGUUUCAAACUUACCGAAAUUAUAAAGAAAAGCCGUGCAGACGAGCUUUUCUGUAGACAUUCCCCCUUUUUUUUUUUUUUUGUCCUGCUGCACUUGCUCUGCUCAUACAAACCUUUUUUUUAAUUUAAAAAAUUUUUUUUUUAUCAGACCAGUGAAACCAGGAUGCUUAAAAAAAAAAUAAAAAAUAAAAAAUAAGACGAGCACUGACGCUGCUUCUCGAAAGCAAACCUUUUUUUGGUGCUGCCUGGUCGGAACAAGUAGAGUUUAGGUUGACUUGAGUACUACAUUGGUUUCCUCACUCAGUCGACGCCGUAGACCAGCUGCAGGUGAACCAGGUUUGCUAGGAAAUAUGAUCUGCUACUUUUUUUUAUAUCAAGAAAAAGAAGCGUUUAUGGUGAAGGUCUGAUUUAAGAAAAAAAAAAAAAAAAAGGUACUAAUAAUUUCUGAGCAAAGCAGUGUUGCGAUGAAUGAGUUUACAUGACGUUUGUGAUCUUAUCUUUGUGGCCUUGACACAGAAAAGACCGAUUUCUUCUAAAGGCCAACGAGGGAAGGAGCCCCCCCCCCCAGAGAGGCUUCGUAAAUGUUUUUUCUCAAGCUGCGUCGUUUCUUCCCCACUUCUAACAGGGCAUUAACCGAGUUUGCUUCCCUGCGUUCUAACAAAGCGGCUGUUGAUCAGCCCGCCUGUGAAGAAUGUUUGUUUAACACAGCAGACAAACUGCCUUUUUGCCGCCAUCUUGUUUGUUUUUUUUGAUCGCUUCUUUUAUGUGACGAAUAAGCUGACGCGUUCGCUUCGGGCCGGUGCGUCGGCCCUGGAGGAACUCUGAUAAAUGCAGGAACUGAAAUGUUCGGGAGAAGAAAAACUGAAACAUUUUAGAAAACAAAGUGCAAUAUAACUCGCUGAAUUUUUUUUUUUUUCCAUCCUCCAUUUUCUGUUUGUUGUUUGUGUUCAUCAUGACGAUGUAUAGAUAUUCUAUGAAUAUUCUAUGUUCAGAAUCUUUUGUCUAGUUAUUCCUUUUAUUUGAAUAAACGCUCUGUUCUAAAAAUGAA